UAUCAAAUGUAGUUAGAAAGUUUUAUGUUAAAUUUUCAUAUGUUUACCUCUUCAUAUAAAGUAUUUUAAACUAUAAUCUAAAAUCAAUAAAUCUAACUAUUACAAAUAAUAAUAAAUUAACUUUAAAAUUAGUAAAGAGAAUUUUUUAAAAAUGAGUCAUUUAAUGAACCUACCAAUCCUUGUAUUGAAGGAAGGCACUGAUACAUCCCAAGGCCAAGCUCAAAUCAUUAGUAAUAUCAACGCCUGUCAAGCUAUUGUCGAUUGUGUUAAAACUACUCUAGGUCCUAGAGGAAUGGACAAGUUGAUACAUACGGAGAGAGAUGUGACGAUAACCAAUGACGGUGCUACUGUUUUGAAAUUACUUGAUAUUACUCAUCCUGCCGCUUCUGUUCUUGUUGAUAUCGCUAAAUCACAAGAUGAUGAAGUCGGUGAUGGGACUACUUCCGUUACUGUUCUAGCAGGUGAGUUAUUGAAUGAAGCUAAGGCGUUUAUAUUGGAUGGGAUAAGUCCUCAGGUUAUCAUAAAAUACUAUCGUGAAGCCUGUCAAGUUGCUUUAAAUCUCAUUGAUAAAGUUGCCAUUCAUCUCUCCAACAAAUCCUCAACUGAUAAGAAAGAACUACUGAUAAAAUGUGCUGAAACUACUUUUAAUUCAAAGUUAUUGUCUGGUUAUAAAACCUUUUUUGCCAAGAUGGUUGUGGAGGCAGUGGCUACUUUGGAUGAGGACUUGGAUGAGGAUAUGAUUGGUGUUAAAAAAGUCACUGGUGGUUCCUGUGAGGACUCACUCCUAGUCAAGGGUGUAGCAUUCAAGAAAACUUUCAGCUACGCUGGGGCUGAACAACAGCCAAAGAAAUUCGUCAAUCCAAAGAUUUUAUUACUUAAUUUGGAAUUGGAACUCAAAUCCGAAAAAGAAAACGCAGAAAUUGUUAUCAAUAAUCCACAAGAAUAUCAGAAGAUAAUAGAUGCCGAGUAUAGGAUAAUAUUUGAGAAGCUUGAGAAUGCAGUGAAACUCGGUGCUAAUGUAGUUUUAUCUAAAUUGCCAAUUGGUGAUUUAGCAACACAAUACUUUGCAGAUAAAAAUGUAUUUUGUGCCGGCCGGGUUGAUGAAAAUGAUCUUAUAAGAACGAGUAAAGCUACUGGUGCUUCUAUUCAAACCACUCUCAAUAACCUUUCAGUUGACGUCUUAGGAACUUGUGGUGUGUUUGAGGAAGUGCAAAUUGGGUCUGAACGUUACAAUAUGUUCACAGAUUGCAAGAGUGCAAAAACCUGUACAAUUGUGUUGAGAGGUGGAGGUCAGCAGUUCAUUGAUGAAUCUGAACGUUCACUCCAUGACGCGAUUAUGAUUGUCAGAAGAGCAACUAAAUGUAAUACUAUCCUUCCCGGAGCUGGUGCCAUUGAGAUGUUGCUCUCAACUUAUCUCCUCCACUAUUCUCUCAACACUAUUAAUCCCACAGACUCUGUCAACCAUGUUAACUGCGUUAACUCCGUAAAUCAUGUUAAUGGAGUUACUGGGGUGAAUAAGAGUCUGGUGGGUAAGAGGCACAUAAUAAUGAACGGGUUUGCAAAGGCAUUGGAGUGUAUUCCAAGGAAUUUAGCCACUAAUUCCGGCUACAAUUCAAAUGAUUUAUUAUCGAUACUAAGAAAUAAAUACAAUCAAUUGGAAAUAGUCAAUGGAGAGAUAAAGGUGAAUAAUGAGGAGAGUUGGUAUGGAAUAGAUUGUUACAAGGGAAGUGUAUGUAACGCAUACAAGGCUUGUAUUUGGGAGCCGAGUUUGGUGAAAAAAAACUCAAUUUACUCAGCUACUGAAGCAGCUUGCCUUGUUCUCUCAGUUGAUGAAACUGUCAAAAACCAAUCCAGACAACAGUUACAAAGCGCACUACCACAACCCAAAUAAUAUCUUACUUAGAUCCA